UCUUAAUCUAAAAAGCCUAGGUUACCUUUCUUUUUUUUUGUCUGUUUUUUUUUUCUGUUUUCUCUUAUUCGCGUUGAGUUCGGUUACCGAGCUGACAUUUGCCCUCUUUGUCAGUCUCCGGAAAGGAAUCAUGGGGGUUUCUGACCCUCAACCCCAGACGUCCAUGGCACACGAGAAGGAGUUCAACUUUGAAAAGGCAUCCUCGGACGGUUCCUCCGCUUCAGCUCAAGAAGCCAAAGAUGCGGAUCUUAGCCAACAGCCCGAACUGGACCCGAGGAAGACGAGGUGGUAUCGGCGACUCAAUCCCUUGCGGAUGGGAAAAAUUCCCCCUGUACCAACCGAGCGGGCGGUAUCUAGGGAAUAUGGAGCCUCAUUCCUGAGCGUGGCUUAUUUCCAAUGGAUGUCUCCAUUGAUGAGGGUGGGCUAUCUUCGACCGCUCGAGCUGCACGACAUCUGGACAGUCAAUCCAGAUCGAGCAGCUGAUGUGCUAUCGAACCGGUUGGAAGCCGCCUUGGACCGUCGGACUCGGGCUGGGAGCAAGCGGCCCCUGGUUUGGGCGCUUUACGAUACCUUUCGAUUCGAGUUCCUGCUAGGUGGAAUCUGCCAGCUCUUCAGUUCACUGCUUUUGGUCUUCGCCCCCUAUUUAACCCGUUAUUUGAUUGCGUUUGCGACUCAGGCCUAUAUGGCCCAACACUUGGGAUAUGCCGCCCCCCAUAUCGGUCACGGCAUGGGCUUUGUUAUCGGAAUUACCUGCAUGCAAUCCCUCCAAAGUCUCUGCACUAACCAAUUCCUUUAUCGGGGCCAGAUGGUCGGUGGCCAAAUCCGGGCCGUUUUAGUUCUCCAGAUUUUCAACAAGGCGCUGAAGCUCUCAGGGCGCGCAAAGGCAGGGGGACAACCGACUCCAGAGGAGCAGAAAGACAUCAAAGCGCGAGAGGCAGCCAACGACGAAAUGCUGAAAAAGCCCAACGGGGAACCACCGAAGGACAAGGGAGAUGCGAAAGGUAACACAUUAGGCUGGAGCAAUGGUCGUAUCGUUGCCUUGAUGAGUAUUGAUGUAGAUCGAAUCAACCUGGCAUGCGGAAUGUUCCACAUGAUUUGGACUGCCCCAAUCUCGGUCAUCGUCACCUUGGUCUUGCUGUUGAUCAAUAUCGGCUACAGCUGUCUGUCCGGAUAUGCUCUGCUUGUUUUUGGGCUGCCUUUCUUGACCUUCGCCGUCCGGUUUUUGGUCAAACGACGCCGAAAUAUCAACAAACUCACCGACCAACGCGUAACUUUAACUCAGGAAAUCCUACAAGCCGUACGAUUUGUCAAGUAUUUUGGCUGGGAAAGUAGCUUCCUCAACCGACUCAAGGAGAUUCGCCACCGAGAGAUCCGAUCGAUUCAAACGCUGCUCGCGGUUCGAAAUGGCAUCCUGUGUGUUUCACUGUCAAUCCCAGUCUUUGCGUCCAUGCUGGCUUUCAUCACGUACGCCUUAUCCAAACAUGAUUUGGAUCCCGCGCCGAUUUUCUCCUCCCUGGCUCUGUUCAACUCCCUGCGAAUGCCUUUGAACAUGUUGCCAAUGGUUAUUGGCCAGGUGACAGAUGCGUGGACCGCAAUCAACCGCAUUCAAGAGUUUCUUCUCGCAGAGGAGCAACAGGAAGACAUCAGACACAACCCAAGCAUGGAGCCCGCUAUUGAAAUGGAUCAUGCAUCGUUUACUUGGGAGCGUUACGCCGCUGAUAAAGAUGCUGACCGAGCCGAGAAGAAGGCAGGUGGACGAGCAAUGAAUAAAGCCGUCUCACCCCAGGAUAACCAGCAGGGGGUGGACAAACCCUCGGCAGAGCCUUUCAAGCUCCAGGGGCUGGAUCUUGACGUCCACAGAAAUGAACUCAUAGCAGUCAUUGGCCCAGUAGGUUCCGGAAAGAGUUCUUUGCUAUCUGCGCUGGCCGGCGAUAUGCGUUUAACCGCCGGUACAGUGCAGCUAAGCACGACGCGUGCAUUUUGUCCACAAUACACGUGGAUUCAAAACACCUCCGUGCGAAACAACAUCUUGUUUGGCAAAGAUUACGAUGAAGCAUGGUAUGACCAAGUGGUCGAGGCGUGUGCCCUGAAACCCGACCUGAAAAUUCUUCCCAACGGGGAUCAAACGGAAAUUGGGGAGCGUGGUAUCACAAUUUCCGGAGGGCAGAAGCAGCGUCUAAACAUUGCCCGGGCCAUCUAUUUCAACGCGGAACUGGUGCUUCUGGACGAUCCGCUCUCCGCAGUCGAUGCCCAUGUCGGACGCCACAUCAUGGACAAGGCCAUCUGCGGCCUUCUCAAAGGUCGAUGCCGCAUUCUGGCCACUCAUCAGUUGCACGUCCUCAAUCGAUGUGACCGAAUCGUGGUUAUGGAUGACGGCCAUAUCCAUGCAGUCGGGUCCUUUGACGAGCUCUCGCGCGAUAACGAACUGUUCCAGCGUCUACUUUCCACGGCUUCCCAAGACUCCACUGAGAAAUCCGACGAGACCCCGGAAAUUGCCGAGGAAGAGGAACACAAGGACCCCAAGGCAUCUGCGGGACCCAAGCCUGCAGCAGCCGCCCUGAUGCAACAAGAGGAGAGAGCCACUGCAUCGGUCGGAUGGGAUGUCUGGAAGGCAUAUAUCCAAGCUUCCGGUAGUUAUUUGAACGCGGUUGCCAUUCUCUUUUUCCUUGCCCUGUCCAACGUGGCCAAUGUGUGGACCAGUUUGUGGCUUUCCUACUGGACUUCCGACAAAUAUCCAACCCUUUCAACCGGCCAGUAUAUUGGAAUCUACGCUGCUCUCGGGGUGAGCGUGGUGGUCUUUAUGUUUGCAUUUUCCACCUAUACGACGACUUGCGGCACCAACGCCAGCAAGACCAUGUUGCAGCGUGCGAUGACUCGAGUGCUUCGAGCGCCCAUGUCGUUCUUCGAUACCACGCCAUUGGGACGAAUCACCAACCGGUUCUCCAAGGAUAUUCAAGUCAUGGACAAUGAGCUUUCCGAUGCGAUGCGGAUGUACGCGCUGACCAUGACCAUGAUUAUUUCCAUUAUGAUCUUGAUCAUUGUUUUCUACCAUUACUUUGCGAUUGCUCUCGCCCCGUUGUUCGUCCUCUUCCUCAUGGCCGCCAACUACUACCGCGCGUCCGCCCGCGAGAUGAAGCGCCACGAAGCCGUCCUUCGCUCUACAGUUUAUGCGCGAUUCGGUGAAGCCAUUACCGGUACCGCGUCCAUCCGUGCCUACGGAGUCCAGGCCCAAUUCCGAGAUAGCAUCCGAGACUCCAUCGAUCUGAUGAAUGGGGCUUACUUCCUCACCUUUUCGAACCAGCGCUGGCUGAGUAUCCGACUUGAUGCGGUAGCCACCCUCUUGGUAUUUGUCACUGGUGUCCUGGUAGUUACCUCGCGAUUCGACGUGUCUCCCAGUAUUUCCGGCUUGGUGCUCUCUUACAUUCUUGCCAUCGCUCAGAUGCUCCAAUUCACCGUGCGACAAUUAGCGGAGGUUGAGAACAACAUGAACGCCACAGAACGUGUGCACUACUACGGCACCGAGCUGGAAGAGGAGGCUCCCCUCCAUCUGGCACCGGUUUCCCCAACCUGGCCCGAAACGGGCCGCAUUAAUUUUGAUGACGUCCAGAUGCGAUAUCGGGCUGGUCUCCCGUUAGUUCUCAAGGGCCUCACAAUGGAUGUCCGAGGAGGCGAACGCAUUGGAAUUGUCGGCCGGACUGGAGCCGGCAAGUCGAGUAUCAUGUCUGCUCUCUUCCGUCUCACCGAACUGUCGGGGGGCACAAUCGAAAUCGACGGCGUGAAUAUCGCAACCGUCGGUCUCCAGGACCUCCGCUCCCGGCUAGCCAUCAUCCCGCAAGAUCCCACCUUAUUCCGGGGCACAAUCCGCUCUAACCUAGACCCCUUCCAUGAGCACACCGAUCUGGAACUCUGGUCCGCUCUCCGCCAGGCCCAUCUGAUCGACUCAGAGUCGGCUCCUGCGCAAAGCGGCGCCUCUACCCCUAAAUCGCAGCUCACGCUUGACACAGCCGUGGACGAAGAGGGUCUCACCUUCUCCCUAGGUCAACGACAGCUCAUGGCCCUCGCGCGGGCCUUGGUCCGUGACGCCCGCAUCAUCAUAUGUGACGAGGCAACAUCUUCUGUCGACUUCGAAACCGAUCAGCGGAUUCAGGUGACGAUGGCCCAGGGAUUCCAGGGCAAGACACUGCUGUGUAUUGCCCAUCGUCUUCGCACGAUCAUUCACUACGAUCGCAUCUGUGUCAUGGACCAGGGACAGAUUGCGGAACUAGAUACCCCGCUGAAUCUAUGGGAUCAGACGCAUGGUAUUUUCCGAGCGAUGUGUGAUCAAAGUGGAAUCUCGAGAGAUGACAUCCUAAGGAGUCAGUGAUUUGCAGUACCAGACUACUAGAAGGCUAGGCCUAGUUUACCACUUUAAUAUCAUUCUGAUAAAUGUCUAUUUUUC